AUGGCCGGAAGUGGCAGGAAUUUCAACCCAAAAUCUGGCCAAACUUUGAGUUAUAAAUUGAACCACCUAGGCUACAAAUUGAUCAAAUCCUACCCAACCAUCAGCCAGAGCAAGAAAAGGCUGGAGGUUGGCGGCGGAGGAAGGUCGGGAUGGGAAGCUGGGGUGGUGGCGGUUCAUUCGAGCCUAGGCCCGUGGCCGGUGGCAGCUCGUGGCUAUGCUGGUGGCUUGGGGAAGACAUGA